AUGCUCACUCGGGUGAAAUCUGCCGUGGCCAAUUUCAUGGGAGGCAUCAUGGCUGGCAGCUCGGGCUCCGAGCACGGCGGCGGAGGCUGCGGAGGCUCGGACCUGCCCCUGCGCUUCCCGUACGGGCGGCCGGAGUUCCUGGGGCUGUCUCAGGACGAGGUGGAGUGCAGCGCCGACCACAUCGCCCGCCCCAUCCUCAUCCUCAAGGAGACCCGGCGGCUGCCCUGGGCGACCGGAUACGCAGAGGUCAUCAAUGCCGGGAAGAGCACGCACAACGAAGACCAGGCCAGCUGCGAGGUGCUCACCGUGAAGAAGAAAGCGGGGGCCGUUGCCUCCACCCCCAGCAGGAACUCCACCAAGAGACGCUCCUCCCUUCCCAAUGGGGAGGGCCUGCAACUGAAGGAGAACGCGGAGUCGGAGGGCAUGUGCUGCCACUACUGGUCGCUGUUCGACGGGCACGCGGGCUCGGGCGCGGCGGUGGUGGCGUCCCGCCUGCUGCAGCAGCACGUGGCGGAGCAGCUGCGGGAGCUGGUGGAGAUCCUGCGCAACGCGGCCGUGCUGCCGCCCGCCUGCCUGGGCGACGAGCCCGACGGCGCGCCCCCCGGCCGCGCGCUCACCCGCGCCGCCUCGCUCCGCGGGGGCGUGGGCGCGCCCGGCUCCCCCGGCACCCCGCCCACGCGCUUCUUCACUGAGAAGAAGAUCCCCCACGAGUGCCUGGUCAUCGGGGCCCUGGAGAGCGCCUUCAAGGAGAUGGACCUGCAGAUAGAACGAGAGAGGAGCUCCUAUAACAUAUCUGGUGGCUGCACGGCCCUCAUUGUCAUCUGCCUCCUUGGGAAGCUGUAUGUGGCAAAUGCUGGGGACAGCAGGGCCAUCAUCGUCAGAAACGGAGAAAUCAUCCCCAUGUCUUCGGAAUUCACCCCUGAGACGGAGCGCCAGCGGCUCCAGUACCUGGCCUUCAUGCAGCCUCACUUGCUGGGAAACGAGUUCACGCAUUUGGAGUUCCCGAGGAGAGUGCAGAGGAAGGAGCUGGGGAAGAAGAUGCUCUACCGGGACUUCAACAUGACCGGCUGGGCGUACAAAACCAUUGAGGAUGAUGACUUGAAGUUUCCCCUCAUAUACGGAGAAGGCAAGAAGGCCCGAGUGAUGGCGACCAUCGGAGUGACCCGGGGGCUGGGGGACCAUGACCUGAAGGUGCAUGACUCCAACAUCUACAUAAAGCCGUUCCUGUCGUCGGCUCCAGAGGUAAGAGUCUACGAUCUCUCCAAAUAUGAGCAUGGAGCAGAUGAUGUGCUGAUCCUGGCAACGGAUGGACUGUGGGAUGUUUUAUCAAAUGAAGAAGUGGCAGAAGCAAUCACUCAGUUUCUCCCUAACUGUGAUCCUGAUGACCCUCACAGGUACACACUGGCAGCUCAGGACCUGGUGAUGCGUGCCCGAGGUGUCCUGAAGGACAGAGGAUGGCGGAUAUCUAAUGACCGGCUGGGCUCAGGAGAUGACAUUUCUGUAUAUGUCAUUCCUUUAAUACAUGGAAAUAAACUGUCAUGA